AUGGCCUCGCCGGCGGCGGCGCCGGCCGCGAAGAAGGAAGGGGAAGAAGGGGGGCCGGUCACGGGGGACAUGGUCAGCGCGGGCUUCGCGGAGCUGGAACGCCAGCAGCAGCUGCUGGCCACCUGCACGCGCCUCUACCAGCAGCUGGCCGACCACUUCGGCUCGCUCGAGCGCGGGCUCGCGGCCCGCUCCGAGCAGCUCCGCGCCCGCCGCAGGGCCUUCGACACCCGCACCCACCGCGCGCUCGACUCGCUCCACCGCCGCGAGGCCUCCAUCGACGCCUCCGUCUCCCGCGCGCUCGACCACCUCCACUCCAUCUCCGCCUCCGCCUCCGCCGCUUCCGCUUCUCCAAGGAGGCGGCGGCGCCGACCCCACCCCUCCGACUCCGCCGCCGAGGAGGAGGGCCUCGCGGAGAGCCUGCGCGCUCUGUGCUUGCGGAUGGACUCGGCGGCGUUCCUGGGCUUCGUGGUGGCGCGCCGGAAGGAGGCGGACGCGCUGCGGGCGGAGAUGCCUCCCGCGCUCAAGCUCUGCGUGGAUCCGGCCAAGUUCGUCAUGGACGCCGUGGCCGACGUCUUCCCCGUCGACCGCCGCGAGGUCCCCCGGAACCCCGCCGACCUGGCCUGGGCGUGCGUGCUCAUCCUCGAGGCCGCCGUGCCGGCGCUCGCCGACCCGGACCCGGACAUCGGCGCCGCGCGCCCGCUCGUGCCGCGGGCGGCGCGCGAGCGCGCGCGGGGCAUGGCCAGGGAGUGGAAGGAGGCUGUCGAGAAGAAGGGGGGCGUGGAGGGGGCUAAGCCGCCCGACGCGCACGCGUUUCUGCAGCACGUGGCCACGUUCGCCGUCGCGGAGAGGGAGGACCGGCCGCUGUACCGCAGGAUUGUCGUCAGCUUCUCCUGGCGCCGGCAGAUGCCACGCCUCGCGCUCACACUCGGCCUCGAGGAAGAAAUGGCUGAUAUCAUUGAGGAACUAAUUGCUAAGAGGCAGCAGCUUGAUGCUGUGAAUUUCGCUUAUGAGGCUGGGCUUCAGGAGAAGUUCCCUCCUGUUCCUCUUUUGAAGUCCUAUCUGGAAGACUCUAAGAAGACAUCAGCUGCUGCUUCAGAUAAUUCAAGCACCAGCAGCGGCCAAUCAGGGAGCAAUGCGAACAAGAAAGAGCAGUCUGCACUCAUGAGCUGUCAUUAA